AUUCAUGAAAUGUCAUAACAUAACCUUUAACCUAAAAAUUAGUUCCGCGGCAAAAUUUUCAAAGAAAUAACUAUGGCAGAUGAUAGAAAUAUGGACUUUAACAACUCUCUGAUUCUUCACAAUCAAAAUUUGGAAGAAGCCGAGGAAUUAGAAGACCGUAAACGCCGCGAAGAAGAGAUGCACAGCUUGAUAUCGCAGGCCCUGGCACAGUUCGACUUUGAUGAUCAAAGCACGAUCAAUUCCUCAAUUAGAUCUAACGACGAGACCGGCGUAGGCCGUCAAGAUGUCGAUUCCUUGCACGAUAUGUACCGUGAGGCGAAUGCCAACGAACAGUUAAAAGUUUUGUACGAUAUUAGAGUGCGCGAGGUGGAAACUUUAAAUAAGGAAAUGGAAAAGUUGAAGUUAGAAUGGAAGGAGCAAGAGAAGGGGCUUAAGAGACAAAUUAUGCUACACGAAGCUGAAAAUCAACGGAAAUCCGGGACACUAAAAGAAUCUCAAAGUCUUGUAGUUGAGAAAGUCGACCAAAUUCAGAAAUUAACUGUAGAACUGAAUAGUUUUAAAAACGCGUUGGCCAAUUUGGAAUCUAAAUUGAAAGAGCUGGACGAUGAGAAUAGUGUGUUGCGGCAGUUGAACAUGGACUUGGAGCAGCAAAGGAUAUUGAUGCAAAACGGUUUUCCUUUGAAAUCUGCCGCCGCUGAUAAAGAAUUUCAGGAAACGCAGAGAGUUAAGAUUGAUCAGCUGGAAAAAACUCUGUUUCAAGCGAAGGAGGAGAUUGCUCAUAAGGAGCGGCGAUGUAGGGAAUUAGAGGAAGAGUUUAAGCGUAAUCUUUGCAAUCGUGAUAGUGACUUGAUGCAAAAAAACGUGGUAAUAAGUACACUGACCGAAAACAAUCAACGUUUACUGCAACAGUACCAAGAAAUCCUCAGAGUUACGAACGAACAGACGGAAAAACUGCAGCUUACUAAUAACCAACACUUGGAAAGAGAGCUUCAGAAAAUUCGCGAGAAAGACGCGCUCGAGAAAGAAAUCCGGCGGGAGGUUACCGGCCAAUUUGAGACAGAAGUUUCCUUAUUAAAGGCCGAAAAUGAGAAAUUAAAGCAUGAUUUGUGCGUCAACGAGAAUCAAUUGAGCAAUGUUCAAAAUCAAAUAGAAGCUUUAAGUGGCUUAAGCUUGGAGAAGCAGGAGCUUGAAAAUAACGUUCGCAAAUUAUUAGCCUCCUUGAGUGAAAUGAAGGCAGAGAAAGACGGACUUGUAAAGACACUAAAAGUUUGUGAAGAUGAAAAGCAGCAGUUGGAGAAUCAGCAGGCUCGUUUCAUCGCGGAAAGUCAGCUUGUGAAGGUUUUGAAAACGGAAAACGAAAAUUUGCAAAAGAAAAUCACCGAUCUUCAAGUUAGUCAUCGGGAGGACGAGCGUUCUGUGCAAACGUCUCUGCCGUUUAUAAAUAAUUUAGAUUACACUAAUUCUCAAGAACAACUGUUAACCGCUCGUAAUCGAAUAUUAGUACUCGAAAAUCAAAUGAAACAGUUGCAAGAAGAAAAUUCACAACUUCAAGUUAAAAUCGGUUUAGAACACGAAAGGGAGAGCUUAAUUAAAAAUCUGCAACAAAAAGCCACGGAGUUCGAGAAGAUCAUUCAAAAGAGACAGAAACAUCACAAAACUGUAUCAAUUGGCACCAACACAACUCACGAAUAUGACAGCUCAUUGUUGAAAGUACAGCAUGACACUCUCCUAUACCAAACAGAAGCAAAGUUACAUCAAAAACUAAAGAAGGAGUUUGAUGAGAAACUAAGUAAGGCUAUUUCGGAUCAUAAUACAUUGCACGAAUGUAAAAACUGCAAAAGGUUGCAAGAAGAGUGCGAGCAACUAAACGAUUUGCGUCAGCACGAUCGCGAGGCAGUCGUAAACUUAUUUACCGUGUGGGAAGAGAAGUUCGAUCAGCUUGAACGAGAACACGAAAGCAGCAAGCAACAGUUGAUGAACGCAAGGGCGGAAGCUGAGCAGAUAGCAUUGUACAGCAAGCAAACUUUAGCUGAAUAUACCGAAAAGUAUGGAAAUGCACUGAGAGUACUACAGGACAAUGGCGGUGGAGGUGAUGACGGCUCGAAUGAUUUGAUUAAAGCCAAAGUUGAAGCUGAGUAUAAGGACAAAUAUCAUAAAACCAUGGAAGAGAUAAAGAAAAACAUGGAAGGCGCGCUGAAUGAUCAAAGGCAAGCAAACAUACAACGUUGCCAAAUUAUAUCAAAACGUUUGAGCCAAGUGAAAGCUAAAAUUUAUGAGGAUAUCGACAGAUGUUUGUAGAUGCAGCCGAUUCAUCAGAUCCUAAGGUACACUUCGGAAAUAAAGAAGACAUAACUCACUUUUUGCAUAGAUAUAACAAGUAUCUCUACAUGCUGUGAUUCUAAUUAAUGUUACAAAUGGUUAAGUACAAAUGUUUCAAUUACAUACAAUUGUUGAAUAUAUGUUUUGUCUUA